AUGUCUGCCGAAGAGAAUGAACUCUUUGACACAGUACGACGCACUGCCCCGAGAUACCGCUGCACUAUCGCACUGCCAAUGGCGGCCCUGAUGUCAGGGAUCACCGCGCACGGCAUAUCCGUCGAUCCUCUUCGCACGUGCUCAUCGUUCAAGAGGCCGUCCCUGCCAGCCAUCUACCGUGCCAUCCGAACCGCCAUCCGUGACGGCCCGUACAGCACCGAUGACCUGUCCAAGGCUUGCCUCUUCGUUCCAAGCACAGACGUAUCGUGCUGGUGUGAAGAUUGCAUGCAUGGCACGUACUCUGGCAACAUUGAGUCGAUGCAUCCCGUGAGCGCAGCCAUCUACCGCGAUCUCUCCAGACUUGCGUAUUGGAACGAGGGUCGCAACCACAUCCUGUUUGAGUACAGCGACGCACCAUGUCUCCCUGGCAUGCAGAACACCCCAUUCUUGCAGAGUGAAUUCCACCACCGUGACGGCCUCGAUGUGUCCAUGCCACUCUUCUCCAUGGUGACAUUCAUUCACACCGGAGUAAGGACGCGUUCCGCCCGCACAAACAGGAAUAUCCUCGUCACCUUCAGGGGCACCACCAAGUCUGCUCGCUCUGAUGUCAUGCGCAACCACCUCCCCAAGCUUCACAACCGCAGGGACAUUGUGUUGGUGUGCGCGUGCCGGUGGUUUGGCGAGGAGCGCAUGGGCCGUGAGGGGGAAGAGGAAGAGUUCAACAAGUACACGUACACAGAGCUGGCGCUGGAGACCAAGUUUGGACUCAUCGUGGAAGGAUUUGGCUACCACUCCUUCAGCCCUACCAGGACCUGCUGGACUGGGAGACGUUCAGCAUCCGCAUUCCCCGAGCACAGGCUCCUCGAGCUUCCGAGGAUCCUGCGGUCGAUCCCUGAUGAGGUGGUAGAGAUGAUGCAGAGACGCGUUGUGUUUGUGUUUGAGGAGUUCUUCAAGUCCCUCUCGACCCAAGUGCACACAGCGCUGGAGUCUGCCAGGAUCAACCUGUUCAGCGGCGACAACGCCUGGCAGGCGGGAGCUGGCUGUUUGCAGCUGGGAACAGGUGGCGAUAGCACAAGUUGCACUUUCGGCGGGAAGCAGCAGCAGCAGCAGAGGCGAUGUGCACGCACAAGCAGGAUGAGGGAACGGUCGAGGAUACUUGCCACGCGUGCCAGCUGCACUCGCCUCACACAUGGUAUGUGGCGGGCUCGAAUGCCGGCUGCUGGUGCUGCUGCAACUCCCCUGAUUCGGCUGUCGCUGCUGUGCUCAUGCAGUGUUCCCAUAUGCGUGAGCAAGGAGCAGCUGUGGACACACACGUACAUGGUCAUGGUGGGCACAUUCAACCACAGCGACGCAGUCAUGUGCAGGUGUGUGUGUGUGUCCGCCAUCACACUCCGGCCGACACCAGCUCCAAUCUGGCGUGAGGCAGACAUUGCACAUGUCACUCGCUCUCAUGAUGAGCAACAGCUGAUGUCUGGCUGCAUUGUGGAUGAACUGGCCAUCUGUCUAUCGUCCAUCCCCGCCUCGUUGUCGUCGUCAUUGGUCACCAACAGCAGCGGCUGCUGCCGUGGAUGUGGAGGAUGUGAUGUGCGUCGAUGUGCCGUUGCCUCGCAUGACGACGCUGCUAGUGGUGGUGAGUGCACGGUGGCCGUUCUCUUCCCAAGUCCUCAUGACACGAGCAGGGCGAUACACGCACACACGAAUGUGCCAGAAAAGAAGGCGCAAGGUGAGACGUUGGCGCUGUGUGUGUGUGCGCUGUUGAGGCGUGAUCGAGACAGCCGCCAACACAG